CUGAGUUGAACUUUUUUUGUUUAGAAGGAGAAGCUAGGAAGAUAUAAAGGAGGGGUGCUCUCAAGGCUGCAGCAUUGGUAAGAGUAGACCUCACUUCUCAUCCCCUGCCAUCAUGUCUCUAGGCCUUCUGUUUUCUGCAUUGGGGCUUGUGGUGCUGACUCAAGCAAUGAUUAUAAAUAAACCACAAGAAUUCAAGCAACAUGAAGUGGUUUAUCCUCAAAAACUACAUGUCGUGCAAAAAAGGGAGAUCCAAGAAAAUCUAACAGAACCUAAUGGCAAGGAGGAAGAAUAUGAAUCUGAAGUGCAAUAUCAAAUUAUAUUAAAUGGGGAAAACAUGAUCUUUCAAUUACACCAAAACAAUGACCUCCUGUCUCCAGACUACACAGAAACAUAUUACUUACCUGAUGGAAAGAAGAUCACCACCAGUCCUCAGAUGACGAAACACUGCUAUUACCAAGGUCACAUCCUGAACGAGGAGGACUCUGUUGCCAGCCUCAACCUGUGUGGGGGGUUGAGGGGUUUCUUCAAGCACCAAAAUCAAAGGUACCUAAUAGAACCUUUGAAAGAUGGUGACCAACAGGCCCAUGCUGUCUUGAAAUAUGAGGAUCUGGAUCCUGCAAACCAGACCUGUGGAAUAGAGAACUCAGACCAGAAGUACAUCCUAACCCGGAACAUUAGAGCAGUCUCCAGCCCAAAAAAUCUUCUUACAUCUCCAAAAUAUAUCAGCCUUCUCUUGGUCGUGGAUAAAGCUUUUCAUAAUAAGUACAACGGAAAUCAAACGUUAAUAAGAAAUUUUCUUUUUGAAGUGAUCAACCUCCUCAAUGUGAUCUAUAACACCUUGGAUGUUCAUGUGGCCUUGGUGGGAAUAGAGGUCUGGUCAGACACCAAUAAGAUCAAAGUGGAACCAAAUAUAGGGACCACCUACACUGCAUUCUUGAACUGGCACCGCAGCUGGAAGGGAAGGAAGCAUAACCACGCUCAGCUGCUCAGUGGAAUUGCCUUCAACAACAAACGUGUGGGGUUUACAGCCCAAAACUCCAUGUGCGAUCCAAAUUCUGUUGCAGUGAUUGAGGCUUCACGGAAAAACAGUGUGUCACUAGUAGGAGUAAUGUCUCAUGAGUUGGGCCAUGUCCUCGGGAUGUCUGAUGUGAAACAUUCUACCAGAUGCCCCUCUGGGAGCUGUGUGAUGAACGAAUACCUGACAUCUAAAUUCCCAAAGGAUUUCAAUGCAGGCUCCCGCAAAGAGUUUCACAAGUAUCUCUCAUCUCGAAAACCAAUGUGUCUUCUGCAAGCUCCAACCCCAGAAGACAUAAUAACCAAUCCAGUCUGUGGGAAUAAACUCCAGGAAGUAGGGGAAGACUGUGACUGUGGGAAAUCCAAGGAAUGCACAAAUUCUUGCUGCGAUGCCCGGACGUGCAAAUGGAAGCCCGGAGUUCCAUGUGAAAGAGACGAGGCAGUGAGUGCAAGAUGAUGCAACUAAGGCUCAGUGAACUCAAGGGACCAAUCUGCCUAAGGCAUAGAAUCUAUAGAGAAGAAGAUCCCAGAUGAGAAUGCAAUUUCUUCUAAGUCCCGUGUUGUCUCUACUAUGUUAUGGCUUCUGUUUUGAGUGAUAAAGAGGAGUUUUUGGAGUUACUCUUGCGUCUCUUUCCUCUUUACAGCAUAAUUAUGGUCUUUACAAAUGUGCAUUUAACAUUUUUCCCAUUUAUGAAAUGCUCCUAUUUCUUGUGAUUGCAAUGAAAUUUAUGCAUGUCUUUUGUCUUUCAUAAUCCCUUAUAAUGAUAGGUCUGUGUUGAUUACAUGUGAACUGUGAAUGUUUUUAUGUGACUGUUAAGUGUCUUUGGGGAUGAGGGGUUCUCCUCCAUCUAUUUCUUCUUAAUCUGAUUACUUAAAGCUCAUCAUUUAGAGAAUAAACUAAAAAGAAAAACAACAAAAAUUAUAAUUGUAACA